AUGAUUCCAGAGCCCUCCAGCCACGUCGCCCGCAGCCAAGCAGCAGAGACCGUACACCCCGGGGCCUUCCUCGCUGUGCGAGCAGAGAGCUGCGGUAGCCAGCAGCGGUUCCUGGGCGGCAGCACGGGCGCGCUCGGUGCCGGCAGCGGCGGCGGCGUAGCUGUGUACGACGACGAGGACUCGUGGUUCGGAGCGGUCGCGGCGUGCGAGCGCGACGCGUGCGGCGGCAGCCACCACCACCUGGCCCAACAGCAGCAGCAGCAGCAGCUGGCGCGGCGCAGCUCGGGCCAGGCGUGCGGGUCUGCGGGCGCGCCGCCCAGGCAGCACUACUACCCCGAGGGCGGCUGGGGCUGGAUCGUGUGCGCCGCCGGCUUCCUGGCGCACCUGCUCUCCUGCGGCCUGCAGCUCGCCUUCGGCCUGCUGCUGCUCUACACCGUGAGGCACCUCGGCGACAACGCCAUCAUCGACUCUGCGUGGCUGGGCGCUCUGAGCACGUCGUCGUGGCUGCUGGCAGCGCCCCUGGCGGUCUCUCUGUGCAGGCGCAAGUGGACGCGGCUGACCGCCAUGUUGGCCGGGCUCGUCAUGGCGCUGGCCUGCCUCUUCGCGUCCUUUGCCACGCAGCUGCACCAGCUGCUGCUCAGCUACGGCGUUCUGCUGGGCAUGUCUAGCGGCCUGGUGCGAGAGACGGCGUCGCUGACGCUGGGCCACUACUUCAGGCGGCGCCGCGAGUUCGUCGAGAUGGUGGUGCAGGCGGGCGCCGGCGUCGGCAUCGCGCUCUUCUCCGUGCUCUACCGCGAGGCCGUCGGGCAGUGGGGCUGGCGCCUCGGCCUGCAGGCCGUCACGGUGCUGCUGUGCGGCGCCUUCUUCCUGGGCAUGCUGUACCGCUCGGCGUCCAUGUACCACCCGCAGCGGCGCGCCAUCCUGCUGCUCAAGAGCCAGCGCAAGAAGGCGCGCCACAAGAAGCCGCCCUCGCCGCAGCAGCGCAGGCUCCAGCAGCAGCCGCGGCCGCCCUUCUUCGACGUCACGCCGCUGCGCAUCCGCGCCGUGCAGGUGCUCAUGCUCUCAUCCGCCGUCAGCGCGCUCGGAGUCUACACGCCCGUCUUCUACCUGGCACUACAAGGGUACCAAGAAGGCCUCGACGACAGCGCACUGGUGCUUCUCCAGACGUUCCUGGGCUUCGCCACGGCUCUGGGCUGCGUGGGCUUCGGUCUGAUGGUGGUGCGCGCCAGCGACCAGUGCCUCGUCUCCAGGCAGUACCUCUGCCAGGCCGCCAUGGCGGGCAUCGGCCUGUCGCUGCUGGCGCUGAGCACGGUGCAGGGCUACCACGGCUACGUGCUGGUGGUGUGGCUGUAUGGUGUGUGCCUCGGCGGCUUCUUCUACUCGCUCAAGGUGUUCACCAUGCAGAGCGUGCGCUCGCGCUACUUCGCGCGGGCCUGGGGCUUCGUGCAGGGCGCCGAGGCGCUGCCGCUGCUGCUCGGCGUGCCAAUAACAGGUUACAUCAACCAGAGCCACCCCAAGGCGGGCUACUACUUCUCGCUGCUGGCGACGCUGCUGGGGGCGGUGCUUCUCUUCCUGGUGGGCGGCGGCUCUGGAGGCGGCAACGGCGGCGCGGGUGCCUGCAGCGACUGGGAGGACGGCCCGCCCCCGCUGCCCCUGCCGCCUCCCGUCUCCACCCCCGCCACAGUCUGCGGUCGACCUCGUCUGCACAAGAGCAUCUCCUUCGCGACGCCGCUCGACCUGCCCAUGACCGACGAGUACUGGCGGCCCGUGCGGCCGUGCCGGAGCGUCCCCGAGGGGUUGGGGCGCCACCAGCCAAUCACGGUCGUCGAGCAGAUCACCACCUCCGUGUGACGCUUCACCCGCUGCUGAUACCAGUGUCUUUAUCAGGGGCGCAGAUCCCAAACAGCUGGUCCCCAACUUGCUAGGUCGUCACCAGCCCAUCACACGUGUCGAGCAGGUCAUCACGUGGCUGAUAAAAGUGUCCCUCUUUUGGCCAUAGAGUUACGGUACGUGUACCAAAGCAGUUGGUCGUCAACAUCCGAUGGCCAACGACCCAUUGCAGUACAUCACCACGUCCGUGUGAUGUACCACACGUGACUGACGCCCGACUGCCGUAUCUCUAAGGGAGUUACACUUGUCUACAUGGGACGCCAACCGUUAGUCUUCAGAUUCUGCGUAUCUAUACGACCACCAUAGUUGUCUAGAAGAUCACCAUCGUAUGCACCACGCUCCUAAUGACUUCUCGUUAACGGCACCACAGGUCUGAGCAGUUGGCCAUACGUAACUGUAAAGAAGCGAUUACGCUGUGCUCUUGCUACGAUGGUACAAUGCGUCUGCUGGGCGUGGAAAGGAAAAAAAAAAAACACCUGUGCUUCUUCCUGUGUUCCCAUGCACAGUGACAUCAGUUUUCUUAUAAUAGAUGGAACAAUAUAAUAUUUUAAUUUUCUGAAAAAGUUUCUUCUACUCCUGGAUUAGGCACGUGUUUUGUAUGAG